ACAUCGACGUCUUCUCGACCUACGGUUGGAUUACUACUAUGGCUUUACGUUCCCUAUCACAGAAGUGCGUGCGUCUCCUCGCUCAUACCGACUCGAUCCAGAUACUCGAUCUAAUAUCGACAACUUCGACAGCUUCGACAGAGCAGAAACGGGAGAGUGCUCGAUUACAUGAUCUAUUGCUGCUACUUGCGGUACAGCUCCGAGCCUUGCAUCAGCGUCAUCGUCGACGUAGGGCUAUAGCUUCCUACAACACAGAGCAAGGUAAACAAUAGAUCGUAGAAGCGUAGUAAAAGUUCUGAUCCAGGAUACGUACAGCUGAGAAAAUACAACUACAAGGAUCUAGCGCCGAAAAUAGAGACAUUUUAGAGCGUCUGAUCCAGGCGUCUAGUUUGUUAUGCGAAACGGCAAAGAGCUGUAGCUGUGCAAUUAGCGAGGUGCGAGCAGUGCUUGAAGCUCAAGACUUACGGAAGCAGGAAUAAAUCUUUAUAGCCUAAGGCCAACCUGUAUUGCAUAGCACGACAGGUCCUUCAGCGCUGCACACUUAGGUGUAAACAAUAUUGCGUGGGUGCUUCGUUGCCUGAAUGCCGAAUGAUCAUACGAGAUUAGA